CAGGGUUGUGUUGUCCUAAAUAGUGAGUACAGCCCUAAGGGACAGACACAAAGAGACAGCAGGUCUGCAGGGCAACAUUCCAUUUUGAAAAGAGGUUGAACCAUUAAGACAUUUUGACCAGAACAUGGUAGAUAAGGAUACUUCUUCACCUUUGAAGAGCAAGGAAAGCUGUGCAGAUGUUACAGAAAACAUUCAAGAGAGAGAAUCAUCUGAAGUAGUGUCACAAGAAGAUCUUUCAGAUGAUGAUGGAGACCAGGAAGCCAAAGAUGAGGACACUGAAAACAAGUACUCAGAAAAUAAAAAAGUCGACAUAAGGGAAGAUAAAGUGACGGGCGAGAAAUUAGAAGAUGAAGAACAAUGUAAGAAAGAUAACUUGUCUGGUGGCAAGAAGCAAGAAUCUCAUGCUAGGAAGAGCAGACGAGCACAGCAAAGGAAGAACCUUUUGGCCACGUGUCGAAAAUCUAUCAAAGAUCAACCACAAGAGACCAAUCCUACAACACAGGAAAAGCCACAGAAACUCUACUUGUGUCUAGAGUGUGGGAAGAGUUUUAACCACAGCUCAACACUAGCAAGGCAUAAAAGAGACCACAGAGGAGAGAAACCGUACAGCUGUAUAGAAUGUGGAAAAAGUUACACACGAAGUUCCAACUUGGUGAUACAUCAGAGAACACACACCGGGGAGAAACCAUAUGAAUGUACUGAAUGCGGAAAAAGCUUCAAUUGCUGCUCUGCUCUAGUGGCUCACUAUAAAUGCCACACUGGUGAACGCCCAUAUACAUGCAUUGAGUGUGGGAAGAGCUUUCGAGAUCGAUCUACAUUAGUGGUCCACCAAAGGAUCCACACAAAUGAGAAACCUUGAAUGCAGAAAGAGUUUUGCGCGAGGUGUACGCCUUGUAAAGCACAAGAAGACGCACACAGGUUUUCGUCUGUACACGUGUGAAGACUGUGGAGUCGGUUACACAAGUCAUUCCAGUUUAUGUAAACAUCAGAGAGUCCACAAAGGGAUUAAAUGCUACAUCUGUUCCAACUGCGGGAAAUCCUUCACCCGAAAAUCCUACCUUGCAAGACACCAAACAACACAUAAAAGGGAGAUGCCUUUCUCCUGCCCAGAAUGUGGAAAGUGCUUCACUCAGGGCUCCAGCUUAGUUAUACACCAGAGAACACACACAGGGGGCAAGCCCUAUGCCUGUUUAGAUUGUGACAAGACUUAAGGGGGCACGAGACCUCACACUCAAGGGAGAGACCGUAUGUAUGUGGAGCAUGCGGAAUGUACUACAUGCAGAACACAGCUCUUAUAUCACAUGAGAGGACUCACAAAGUGGAGGAACAUUCUGAAUGUGAGAAAGAUUCUGUAGCCCCUUGUUUGUCACCAAAAAGCCCAUAUUGGCAAAUCAGGUCACACAGAGAGCCGAAGAUGCUUGUAGGUUGGUUACAGCUCAGAAACUGAAUGUCCAAAGUUCUGCAAAUCUACUUCUGUAUUGGUCGUUUUCUCUCCCACUGGAAUGUUAUGAAAUUCAGCUCUUAGAUAUGUGAUGUUUACUAAAGUAACCAAAUCUGCAAGUAGAUAUGUGGAGACUUCAUAGAAGACAUGUUGAAACCAAUUUGUUGGUGGAUUUGAGUCUUCUUUAUAAUGUACAACCAUCAGGAAUGUAUUAUAUACCUUUAAUUUACAGUACUAUGUCUCCUUCCUUAAGAUGGCCUAUGUUGUAUGCAAAAUCAUAAGUGUUUGGCUGUCAUACUACAUUCUCAUUAACACAGAGAAACCACACACAUUACUUACUAGUAGGCAGUUAUGGUUUUCACAGCACUUAAAUGAGAUGAAAGUUGAAGCCUGUUGGCUCUGCACUAAUAUUUAAUGAUCGACCAGGCAUGUAUAAUUUAUUUGAGUAGAUGCAAUAGAUCUUGCUAAAUGGAUUGUAUUUAUUAUGCUUAAUACAGAUAUGUUUUGCAUUUUCAAACCAGUGCUAAGUAACAUAUCACUUGGUCUGUUUAGAGAGCAUUUCUAGCAUGUACUAUUUUUAUUACUUCUUGUUAACUCGAUAUUGACCCGAGACCAGUGAAAAUGGUUCAAAUAAAUAUUCUCAGAGGAAUCUUCGACAAACGUAGGUACGCAUGAGUUUCAAUAUUAGAAACCAGUCUGAGUGAAUCACCCUCUGACAAAGUCCAAGUGACGAAACGUGUUAGGACGGGGCCUAGCACUCUAUGAUUACAUAUCGAGCUGUGUUGCACACGCUGUAUGCCAUAUGUGUUGAACAUGCUGGAGCACUGAUACUGUGAAGCUUUUUAUACUUACGGUGGUUCAGACCGCCACCGUUGGUACAUUAGUCAUGACAUUUUUGUGAUGCUUGAAUAAAUCAGUUUUAAUGGAUUCAUGCACUAUA